AUGCGCACCGCCAACGAGCUGAAAAUGCGCUGCACUGAGCUGGACGAGCACGGCAACGUAACCCUCGUCAGCGGCGAAUUUAAGAAGAGCGAGCUGAUCGCAAAAUAUGGCUUGCUCCCACGAGAUCUCCGGAAAAUCGACUCCUCACUCCUCCCACACAUCCUCGUCCGCCCGUCCGCUAUCCUUAUCAACCUCCUGAACCUCCGCGUCCUGCUCAAGCACAACCGCGUCCUCGUGUUCGAUGCCUACGGCACCACAGACUCCAAAUCGCAGAGCGUCUUCAUGUACGACCUCGAUCUGAAACUGCGCCAGAAAGAAUCUGUUGCAAACGGUACGCUGGCGUACGAGUUCCGUGCUCUCGAAGCUGUGCUCAUCAGCGUCACGCUCUCGCUCGAGAAGGAAUUCGAAGGUGUCAGCGAGCCCGUCGUGCGCGUGCUGCGCGAGCUGGAGGAAGACAUCGACCGCGACAAGCUGCGCUAUCUGCUCAUCUACUCCAAGAAAUUGGGUAGUUUUGAGCAGAAAGCGCGAUUGGUGAGGAAUGCGCUGGAAGAGCUUCUCGAAGCGGACGACGAUCUGAGCGCCAUGUAUCUCAGCGAGAAGGCAGAGGGCAAGACAAGAGAAGAAGACGACCAUACUGAAGUCGAGAUGCUGCUGGAAUCGUACCACAAAGUCGCGGAUGAAAUCGUCCAGGCGGCUGAAAAUUUGGUGUCGAGUAUCCGCAACACGGAGGAAAUCGUCAAAGCCAUCCUCGACGCCAACCGCAACUCCCUCAUGCUACUCGACUUGAAAUUCUCCAUCCUUACCCUGGCCAUCACAGCCGGCACCUUCGUCGCCGCGCUCUACGGCAUGAACCUGAAGAACUUCAUCGAGGAAUCCGAUUUCGGCUUCUACGGCGUAUCCGGGUGGUGCACCAUCUUCGGUACGCUGGUCGCCAUCUACGGACUCCAGAAACUGCGCCGCGUACAGCGGGUGUCGAUGUAUGCCCACGGGCCCGGCAGCAUUGUGAGCAGCAACCAGAAGAGCGUCUGGGGCCUGGGUGCCUGGGGUGGGGGACGGGCGCGCGCGGGUUCGAGUGAGAGCGUAAGCGAUGCUAUUGGUGUAGGAGCGAUCAAGCCGAGGGGUGGAGAUGCGUUGGGGGAUUUGAUUCAUAGGGAGAGAAACCUGGCGAGGAAGCUGGCGAAGGCAGAGACCAGGGCUGAUGACGUUGCUAGUCGCUGA